CGCCCCGGCUCUCCCCUCGCUCCCGCCCUGUCUGCGGUCCGUCCGUCCGUCCGUCCGUGCGUCCUGGCGCGCGCCCUCCGGCCACCGGCGUGGAUGGACGCGCGGAGGCUGCCCGGGUGCCCAGGGAUCUUGCUGCCGAAGCUGGUCCUGCUCUUUGUCUGCGCAGAGGAUUGCCUUGCUCAGUGUGGCAAAGACUGCAGAUCUUACUGCUGUGAUGGGACCACUCCCUACUGCUGCUCCUACUACGCUUAUAUUGGGAAUAUCCUCUCAGGCACAGCAAUUGCUGGCAUAGUGUUUGGAAUUGUCUUCAUCAUGGGAGUCAUUGCUGGAAUUGCCAUAUGUAUCUGCAUGUGUAUGAAAAACAACCGUGGGACCCGGGUGGGUGUCAUAAGGACCACCCACAUCAAUGCCAUCUCUUCCUAUCCUGUGGCACCACCCCCCUACAGUUAUGACCAUGAGAUGGAAUACUGUGCCGACUUGCCACCUCCCUACUCCCCGACCCCACAGGCUUCAGCACAGCGUUCUCCACCCCCUCCUUACCCUGGAAAUUCGAGGAAACAGUCCUUCUCCCAGAACAGAAUAUGUGCCAAUCAGAGAUCUUGCAUGGAAUAAAAAGCCUCUACUCAGAAACAAGAGAGAAUUGCUCUAAGGAAUACUUUUUUGGGGUCAAACAAUAUGUCAAAUGAAAUAUCCAGGCUGAGAUACUGACACUUCUCUGAGCUGACCCCAUCUGGAGUACUGAUCAAUGCAAGAAUAUGCAGAAAAGAGUAACGAGAUAGACAAAACAUCUGAAACUCAUAUCGCUUAAGGAAAUUGCAAUUGCAAUACUGAUCCAGGAAAAGAGAAGAAUGUUGUAAGAGAAGAGAACAGCCUGGACUGCAUAAGGAAACAACUAUAUUCUGUGUAGCUUUAAAAGUCAGAACUAGAAUCAUCCAUUCUUUUGUUAAUCAAUAAAUACUGUUCAAGUAUGUGAGAGCCUACUCUGUGCCUUUCACUGUUUGAAGCACUGGAUGGAAGCUACAGGAACUUUGAUUUCUGGUUAAGAACAAGGAGCUUUGGUUUCAGGAUAAGAAAGAGGAGUUGGAGCUUCCUUAUUAGAUUGUUUUGUGAAGUUCCCUAUUACUAAGACUUCAAACGGAAUCUAUCUGGUAGAGAAAUGUUCUAGAAAGGACAGCUAAAUCAAAUGGUAGAUAGGUCCCAAACAUUCUACUCAUGGUUUAGGUAAGUGUGAAGUAAAUUUCUAUGCCUCCAAUAAUGAAAACAACUGGAAUAGUUGAAUCUUUUCUAUUUAAUUUGACAGUUAAAACAGGACCAGAGGGAUUCAACAGCUGCCUGAAGCCAAGAACUCUUUAGUGCUAGCUACUGCUACCUAAAAAUCAUCUGACUUUAAUUAGUGUUUUAUUAUAACAAAGGUUAUUCCAACUGCGGGGGAAAAAAAAUUGUAUUAAAUUCCACAAGCAACAAAUACUUCUUUUCAGAUCAAAAGAUUAGAAGCCAAAUAGUUCGAAGGGAUUUUACAUCAGGGAGUAAAACUGUAGAACUUGUCCAUGAAGAUAUAUAAUAGUUUAUGCAAAGAAGAAGGAAAAAUGAAAUUUGGAUUCUGGUCUGUGGAAUUCCAUUCAUAUAUGGUCUAGGCAAAUUUGUUUCUCUUCUGUAAUAUUUUGGAAAUCUAUUCCCUUAUAAAAGUUAUAUAGUUAAUAGAAAGGUUAAGAUAUUGACAUCAAACUGUUGCCUUUUGCCAAAACCCAAAUGUUACCAAGUGCCUACCUUCAAGUAUAAAACUUUUUACUAAAUAAUUCUAAUGUGCCGUAUUUUGCUGCAAGUGACCUUAACAUUUAUAUUUUUAUGUGGGUCCUUUUGUGUAUUUAAAAUUUACAUUGACAAAAUAUUGGGGGAAAGUGAUGUUACUAAGAUGGUGACAUACAUCAUGCCUUAAUUUGCUCCCCCUCACAAGAACAACCAACAAUUAUCCAAAAACAAGACACCACAGAGAGAAUCCUAGAACACAGGAAUGAGGCUGAAGCACCCCCUUCCCGCACUUCAGAGACCAAGAUAGACUGCAUUAGAGGGGUAAAAGAAGUGUCUACAUGUUGACUGUAUUGCUCCUCCCCCCAGGACAGUAUAGCACCAUAGGGAGAGGUGUCUCCUAAGCUUCCACUUCUUCCAGUGGAAAAGAGAACCCAAGAGGGAGCAAUCAGGCACUGGCCCCCCAGCAUUGUGGGUCACUCUGUGGGCAUCCAUACCCUCAUCACAUACUGCUGGAAUUGUAGGGCUCAGCCAACAGAAAUAUAACUGUGACAGAGAAUGAGGAAGGGGCUUGCAACAACUAGCACAUGUUUGUUGGCAGACCAGGUUCAUAUUGGCAGUGUCUAAAUAGUAAUUAGACCUAUUUACUCAGUGGCCUUACUCAUCUGCUGAACCAAACUGGGAAGAGUGAACUUGGAAGAGGUGCAUAUCUGCUUGAUUCAGAUUCUCAAACAAAAAUUUUGCCAGCCCCACAGCCCAGCUUGCUCGUACCCAGGCAGGGCACUGAGUAACAGCCCCAUCUACCAUGGAGAGUGCCUUCAGCCCCAUCUGAGCAGAAGGGCUCGAGACAACUCCUGAAAGCUCCAUGGCCUAGAGCUGAGAGAAGGGAGAGCCAGUAGUUUGCAAAGUCAGUGGCCUCAUUUGGCCAGGGAUCAUAAAAGGCAUGGGUCUGCUUGAGUUAAGACAACAAAGAGCUUUACCAGUUUUAGAGCUGCUUUUCCUGUUGCACACAGGCAGGGAAACUAAUGUAUGGCCUUGCUCAUUCCUGAAUAUAGCAUUCAGCUAUCUGACCAGGGAACUUAACCAGAACACACAGGAACUGCAUAGUCCCUCUAACAGCCCUACAUACAGUGACACUUGAACAGAGAGCACAGCCCAUGGCUUCCUCCAUCUGUAGAGCAUCACCUGAUCAGGGAAUUCAUUGGACACUCAGACCUGAUUUGGAAUCCCCGAAUAAUGAUCUUUAAUGGGCUCUGAACAUUGGCUGCUGUCCUGCCAGAGCAGAGAAGCAGGAAACAUAGCUCCAUCUACUACUGAAUAUAGACCCAAUCCCAAUCAUCUAAUAAGUCUUAGAAGAGAAUAAGUCAACUGAAGACCCGGUCCUACAGCCUCAUUUGGAUUGGGAACCAAGCCAGCAGUCAUAUCCAAUUAUUUUCAGCCAGUGGCACAACACUCCAUCCUUGUCCUCAGGACUUGAAUAGUUGCCUUGCCCAAAGCAGUCCAUAAUAGCAGGCCCAACCUGCCCAAAGACAUUACCAACAGACACACCCAGGAAAACAAAAUGAUCUGACCAGUGAAGUUACCUCUGCCAAAGCAAAACUGUAAAGUCUGGAAGUGAAGAUUAAUUACUCAAAUGCUCAGAUACCUAUGCAAGAAAUCAAGGAUCAUGGAAAAUCAGGAAAUAUGAAUGAACCACCAAAAGAAACUAAAAGGCUCCAACAACUGACCUUAAAGAAAUGGAAAUUUAUAAACUAUCAGACAAAGAAUUCAGAAUAAUUCCCUUAAAGAGGUUUAGUGAACUUUGAGAGAACAGAGACAAACAAUGAAACAAAAUUAGGAAAACAAUGCAUGAACAGAAAGAGACAUCUGACUAGGAAAUAGCAACCAUCAAAAAAAAAAAAACAAAAACAAAAACAAAAACAAAUCCCAGAGUUGAAAAAUACAAUAAAUGAACUAAAAAAUUCAGUAGAGAGUUUCAAAAGUAGAUUCAAACAUGCAGAAAAAAAAUCAGCAGCCUAAAGGGUAGGACAUUGGAAAUUAUCCAGUCAAAAAAGAAAAAAAUUAAAAACAGCAAAGAUAGCCUAUGGAAAUUAUAUGACAAUGAAAAGAAAUAACAUUUGCAUCAUAGGAAUUCCAGAAGGAGAAAAGGGACAGAAAAUCUAUUUAAAACAAUAAUGGCUGAAAACUUCUUGAACCUGGGGAGAAAGAUGGAUAUCUAGAUCCAUGAGGCCCAAAGGAUCCCAAACAGGCUGAACCUUAGAGGGCUACACUGAAACACAUUAUAAUUAUAUUGUCAAGACUCAAAGACAAAAUAUUUUUAAUAGCACCAAGAGAAAAGAGAGAACUUACAUACAAGGAACCCCUUAUAAGACUAUUGGAUUUCUCCACAGAAACUCUUCAGGCCAGGAGAAAAUGGGAUGACAUAGUCAAAAUAUUAAAAGAAAACUGUCAACCAAAAUUCUAUAGCUGGCAAAGCUGUCCAUCGGAAAUGAAGGAAGGCUAAAGACUGUCCUGAACAAACAAAAGCUAAGGGGGUUAAUUACAACCAGACCUGCCUUACAAGAAAUUCCAAAGGGAGUUCUUUAACUACCUUUAUAAAUAAUAUUACAAAAACACAGAAAGGUAACAUGAAUCUCACUGGCAAUAGCAUAUAUGUAGUCAUAAUGGGAUUCUGCAAUAUGGUAAUAGUGAUAUAUCACUCACUUACAACUCUAGUUUAAAAUUCUCUUAAGAGGAAUGUAGCAAGAAAAACCAUAAAUACAAUAAUCUGUUAUUAGUUACACCAUAUAAAAAAUAUAAGUUGUAACAGCAAUAAUCUAAAAUGAGAGGGGCAGAAGUAAAAGUGUAAAGUAUAAAAAUUCUAUUUAAGUUAUUAAUAUGUUUAAAAUAGAGUGUUAUAAGUUUAAGAUAUGUUGUGCACAUCUCAUGGUAACCACAAGGGAAGAUCUAGUAAUCACACAAAAGAACACAAUAAAUAAAUCCAAGUAUACUGACACCAAAAAGAUCAAAACAAUAAAGGACAGCAGGAUAUGAUCAAGGAAUGAUGGCUCUACAAAAGAAUGAGAAAAAAAUUAACAAAAUGGCAAUAGUAAGCCUUUACCUACAGACAAUUAUGUUAAAUGUAAAUGCACUAAAUUCUUCAAUCAAAAGACAUAGAAUGGCUGAGUGGAUUUAAAAAAACAAGAUCCAACAAUAUCAGCCUAAAAGAGGUUCACUUUAGCCCUAAAGACACUGAGAGACUGAGAGUGAACAUGAACAGACAGGAAAAAGACAUUUCAAGCAAAUGGUGACCAGGAAAAAAAAAAAAGGCAAGGAUAGCUAUACUUAUA